UAGUAUUAGACUUUAUUUUCAAAAGCAAAAAAUAAAAAAUCAGAUGGCCUUAAUAAUUUAGGUUGGGUGGGUGUGGGUGUGGUUUGUGGAUUGAUAGUUGAGAGUCGCCAUGGUUUGCAUUCUUGCUGGUUCCACGGGUUUAUGUUUGCAGGGAAAGACGUUGGCGGCGGUAUGUAUGUGGAGAAGGCGAAGUGAUGGGAUUAGGAACAAGAUUAGGAGUGAAGCAGAAGGAGAAAACGAAAAUACGGUUCCAGGCAGAGACCGAGUGAUGGGGUUUGGAAAGCACAAGGGCAAAAUGCUCGGAACCCUACCUUCAACCUACCUGAAAUGGGUUUCCAAAAAUCUAAGAGCAAGGGAGUUUGAAGAAUGGGCGAUUUUGGCAGACCAAGUUCUCGAAGACCCGGUUUACCAAGACCGGAUCCAGUGGGAGUUCGCCCACAACAUUCUGACCGGUGCCGGUCGGACUGGCCGUGACGAUGUCGUUUCUGAGCUGUUGGAGAUCAGUGACAGAUUUGGCUGGGAUUGGGAGAAUAAGUCCGGUUGGAGAGAUGUGGAGUUUGAGCUUCUGGGGACUUCGAAAGGUGGAAGGAUCCCGCGACGAAUCGAAUCAACUCAGAAGUCGGAAUCGAAGACGACGGAUAAUGUAUCAUCAUGCGCCGGCGGUGGUGGCGGUGGAAGAAGGAGGGAGAGAAGAAAUCGGUUGAGAGUGAAGCGAGAGAAAUCGAAGGGAGCCGAGGAGAAAAGUGAAGUGAAAACGGAAACUGAGAAUCCCACUCCCAGGUUUAAUAAUCCCUUCCCUGGCCGUCAAACUCUUCUAAACCGGUUUACCACAACCAAAUCACAUUUAUUUAUUAAAAAGGAUCCCAAUUCAUAAGGCAACGCAACUGUAUGCAUGGAGUUAUGAUGUGAAGUUGAAUUCAUGGAGUUCUGAAAUUUGGAACUCUUAAGGCUAAGGAAUUAAUAUAUAUAUAUAUUUUUUUUUUAUUGACU